AUGCAAGAGUCUCCGAAUAGUAAUGAGGAUAAAGAAACUCUAAAACGCUUUCAAAGGACACUCAAGAAAAAAGAUGGUCGUUAUCAUGUCUGCUGGCCAUGGAGGGAUUCUAAGAAAAAUUUGAGCAACAACUAUGGUUUAUGUAUGGGACGUUUAAAGAAUUUAAUCAAAAAAUUGCAACUUAAAUCUCUUCUCCAGAUAUAUCAUAACACAAUCAUGGAACAAUUGCAAACAGGUAUGAUUGAAGAAAUUCCUCAUAACGACGAAAUAGGUGUCAUACAUUAUCUUCCACAUCACGAAGUGUGGAACCCUAAUAAAAAUACUACAAAAUUAAGAGUAGUGUAUGAUGCCUCGGCACAUCAAAAAGGUUAUAGAAGUCUCAACGAAGUUCUCCAAAGAGGUCCGGUAAUGUUACCUGAUCUUGUCGGCAUAUUAUUACGGUUUCGAAUGAUGAAAUUAGUCAUAAUUGCUGACAUAGAAAAGGCUUUCUUACAAAUAGGAUUACAUCCAGAGAAAAGAAAUUGUACAAAAUUUCUAUGGAUCAAGAACCUGGAUGAGGAAGUAUCAGAGAAGAAUAUCAAAUCCUACCGAUUUAAACGAGUACCAUUUGGAGUGAUAUCUUCACCUUCCCUAUUAACAGCAACUCUCAAAUAUCAUUUAGAUAAUACAGCAACUAGUUUGGCCUCAGAAAUAAAGAAGAACUUAUAUGUUGAUAACAUCAUUUUGAUUGCGGAUAACAUGGAAGAAGCGAUAUAUAAGUAUCACAAAACUAAAGAAAUUUUUAGAGAAGCAGCAAUGAACGUCAGAGAAUUUUUAUCCAAUGAUAAGGAAUUCAACAAACGAGUACCUGAAAACGAUCUAAACAAAGCGAAAAAAGAAACCUUUUUCGGACUUAACUGGAAUCACGACAUGGAUACCAUGCAGCUAAUAUUAAAACCGUGGUCAAAUAAAAAAUUAACAAAAAGAAUGAUUCUACAAUUCAUCGCCUCACAAUAUGAUCCCCUGGGAUACUCAAUCCCGAUUAUGGCAAAGUUUAAACUAUUCAUCCAGCAUUUAUGGAAGGAAAAGUAUGCAUGGGAUCAGGCCGUAAACGACAUCGACAAGGAGCAGUGGGAAAUUCUUAUAUCAGAAUGGCCUAAAGAAAUGCGUCUAAACGAAAAAGAUGUCACUGUAUGGUCGGAUGCAAAAUGUGCCCUUUUCUGGGUAAAAAAUGAAUCGAAAUUACUUCCGCGAUUUGUGCAAAAACGAGCUGAAGAAAUUCGAAAUUCGCAUUUUAAAUUAAGAUACACACCGAGUUCUCAAAAUCCAGCUGACAUGGUUACAAGAGGAAUUUCACCAACCAAACUUCGUUACAGCAAAUUAUGGUGGAAUGGUCCGUACUGGUUAGAUAAAGAUCCAUCACAAUGGCCUAAAUAA